UUUUAAUUUUCAAAUUUCAAUUCUCUCUCUCUCUCUCUCUCUACUCUCUCUCAUCAUCAUCAUCUUCUUGAUUCAAUUUUGGGGGGGUUUGAUCUCCAUGAACAAGGCUCAAUGGAUCCCAAUUCUUGUGCUAAGGGUCAUAGCCAUGGUUGCAACUUUUGUAGCCACUCUAGUCAUGGUCACUAGCCAUGACUCAGCCAAGGUCUUGGGUAUGACCUUUCAAGCCAAGUAUAACAACUCACCCACACUCAAGUACUUUGUGAUCGUUAGCAUUAUCACGACGGUUUACAGUUUGGCGGCACUUUUUAUUCCCCCCAAGAAAUUAUGGCGUCCGGUUCUUGUUUUCGAUCUGAUUGUGACUUCAUUUUUGAUAUCGAGCUUCUCGGCGGCAGUCGGAGUAGGACAAUUAGGGAAGGAGGGGAAUUCACAUGCCGGUUGGCUACCGAUAUGCGGCCAAGUUCCAAAAUUUUGUAACCACGUUUCCGGAGCUCUGAUCGCAGGUUUUGUUGCGGUCAUUAUUUACUUUAUACUACUCCUUUACUCGCUCAAUAAUGUUCUUAAUCUUGUUGUAUUUAAAGUUUAGUGAUUUCACU